AUGCAGAAUGUCCCUGUCCUGACCAAGCAGAAAUCAAAAGCUUCAACGAGUCAGUCUUCAGCUGGGCUACCUCUCCCCCUGGACCAAAUUGCCCUCAAUGACAGGGACAACCCAUCGUCUAACCCAGAACUACCCACCGUCAGUAGUGUUCCAUUUGAAACCAUAAGUGAGGCUGAGAAUGCUCCCCUACAUUGUACUGGUGUACAUGGAGAGCUGAAGCACAGUGUGUUCAGGAAGCUAAAGUCAGAUAUUGACCCAAAUGAUGAGGAGUCUUGCGUGUCACCUCAAAAUCUGAAGAGAGAUACAACAAAGUGUACCACGGUACUCAGUGACGAGUCUCAAAAUCUCACCCCACUUGAAACUGAAUGUGAUGAGAAAUGCAGCAAAGAAGAACCAACUGAAUGUAUUGCAGAGGAACAAAGUCCUCCAAGAUCUCAGAAACCGUCUGCCAGACCCCCAUUGUCCGAGGUAUUGGUUGAACCCUCGUUGGUUAAAUUCAAAACGGGCCUCAACCCGUUUGCAAAACUCAAUCCCCAGUCAGCCUCUUCUCCUGUCGUAUCUCACUCACCUGCACCAAGUUUGGCGAAUGAGCCAGGGCCGUCUGUGCGGAAGACGGGGUUGAGUCUCAAGAUUCGAAAACGAAUCUCUUGCAGCAAUAUUCCACUGUUAAGGCUUUCACUGGCAGAUUUGGAAGGGGCAUCUGUUUGUGACAAUAGUGGAGCAGUAGUAAGUGAUAGUGAAAUCAACGAGACAUGUGUUGCAAAGUCAUGUGAUGCAACGAAGGAGAGCGCGGAUUUGCAACCAACUGAUUUUAGCUUUUCACUCUUUGAUGACGUACUAGACCAAUCGUCAUGUGACGUACCAUCAAAACCACACGAUUUCACUACUAGGUCACAUGAUCUUUUCGACCAAUCUCACGAUUCGUUUGAUGAACUCCUUCGACAAGCGAGCAACAGCUCAUUACGUAACCCCAACGACACCAAUGAAGUCACCACCUCUGACAGUUCGUUGGGUCUCAGGAAUGACAUCACCAGGGGAUCACAUGAUCUGAGUCGGCAUCUCGUUCUGGAGGUAGUGGUGCAGGAGUGGGAUGGAGGAGGGGGAGGAGGGAGGGCCAGACCAGAGCUCAUGCUACGACUGCUGGACCAGUCCACACUGAAAGAGUCUGUGGUCCAUCUCAGAGAUGAAUGUCCCACCAUCCAUCUUCUCUCGCUGCUGCACACUGGACUGCAAAUCCAGGAUUUUCACAAAACCACACACACUUCUACUCCAGAGAGGACUCUUGCGCCCGUCGAGUUAUCUCAGUGUCUUCCUCACACCCUCCGAUACCGUCACCUCCUCCCCACACAGCGGAGGUCCUCUCUCCCAGCCAGGCUGGUGGAGCUGUCGUCUUCUAGUGAUAGAGAUCCCAACCCCUCCAUGUACAUCAGGUCCUACUCUGGCUCUCAGUCCAACCACUGGGACAGGAAUGAGCACGCUUCACAGGAUACACGUUCACUGGUUGGAGCUAACCGAGCAUCUCCGCCUUCAUCUCGUGUUGUUUAUGGCUGUACUGGAGAUAGUUGUACCAGAAGCAGCUGCACUUCACUAAACAACUCCCCUCGGACUCAGAAAAAUAGACUCUCAACAAGUGAACACGCUGGAGGGAGAGCUGAUGGUGACAGUAUAAGCAGGAAACCAUUGGGGAAUGAGGAGAAAAACCUCAGACAAAAACGGCUUUGGUUAGUGAAAGAUAACACAACUUCUAAGUAUAGCAACACAGCUUUCGUUACCCCAGACCCACUGGUGGACUGCAGCAGUCGCUACCGUCACCGCCUCCUAAAAAUGGCAGCUCUCAUGUCUCAGACUCUCUGUCAUGAACACUCCAGGAGGAGACGCAAGAGACAACAUUAUACAUAACUGUGUCAAUAAAUUGCACACUUAGCUAUUAUACAAAAAAACUUGGCCAAGGCUACUGUUUUUAAAAUUUUUACUAUAAUACCAGGGUGUGUAAAGAGACCAAAUGAGUGUGCACGUGCAGAGUCUUAGGCAUUUUUCAUACACAUACUUGCCAUUACUGACAUUAAUUGUCUCGUGAUACUUUACUGUACAUAUAAUUCCAAUUUCUCAAAGUUGAUAUCUUCAUCAUUUCGAGCUUGGUCAGCACACAGCCUUAUCUCGAUGUCAUCACGUGUUGGGGGAGAUAUCUCUUUCCUGAACCAUGGUGGAGAGUUCCAGUCACAGCAGGUGUUGUACUCUCCACAUCCAGCACCAUCCCAGAGAGGAUCAUCUCUAAAAAAGGUAAACUCGAAACGGUUUGGAUUCCCA